AUGCCACCCAAAGGCAAGGGCGAGCAGCCCAAGGUGAAGAAGGUCGCCGUAGACAAGACCUUUGGUAUGAAAAAUAAGAAGGGAGGAGCCGCCCAGAAGCAGAUUGCGCAACUCAAAGCCACCACCGCAUCAGGUGGCACACCCGACGAAAAGCGCAAGGCCGCUGAGAAAGCCCAACGCGAGAAAGACAAGGCGGCGGCAGAACAAGCCCGCAAAGAGACCGCCGAGCUCUUCAAACCAGUGCAGGUCCAGAAAGUACCUUUUGGUACCGACCCUAAGACCGUACUAUGCCAGUUCUACAAGAAGGGAAACUGCGAAAAGGGCAAGAAGUGCAAGUUCAGCCAUGACCUGGCCAUCGAGCGCAAAACAGAGAAGAGGAGUUUAUACACCGAUAACAGAGACCAAGAAAAGGAAGAGGAAGAGGAGCGACGGAAGAAGGAUAACAUGGACGAUUGGGACGAGGAAAAGCUGCGACAGGUCGUUCUCAGCAAGCACGGCAACCCAAAGACCACAACAGACAAAGUGUGCAAGUACUUUGUUCAGGCUAUCGAGGAUCAGAAGUAUGGUUGGUUCUGGACAUGCCCGAACGGAGGCGACAAGUGCAUGUACAAGCACUCUCUACCACCUGGAUUCGUUAUCAAGACUAGGGAACAACGCGCCGCCGAAAAGGCCCUAAUGGCCAACUCACCACUCAACACCCUCACCCUCGAAGACUUCCUUGAAUCUGAACGACACAAGCUUACCGGCAAGCUCACACCUGUCACGCCUGAAACAUUUGCCAAGUGGAAGAAGGAGCGUAUCGACAAGAAGCAGGCUGAGGAGGAGGCCAAGAAGAUGAAGGAUGCCACUGGUAGGGCUAUGUUCGAGAAGGGUGACUGGGCACAAGACAGCGAUGCGGAUAGUGAUGAUGAGGGUGGCGAUGAGUGGAACUUGGAGACCAUGAGGAAGGAAACCGAGGCAGCGAGAGCGCGAAAGGAAGAGGAGCGAAUGGCAGUCGCACUCGGCAACAUGACAGUAUCUUGA